AUGGCUUCAAGUAGUAUCACUAUUCUACCGGAUGAAAUAUGGAUUGAAAUCUCGCAGUACUUGACAGUUCAGGACCUUUUCCGGUUGAGGGUCUGCUGCAGAAAACUGAAUGCUAAAAUCAGUUCACGAGCUAUAUGGAAACCAAUAUGCCUCAAGAAUUGGUUGAACCAUCAAAAUAACGAUCCCUUCAUGAAAAUUACUGAUAAUGAAGAAAAUUAUCUGCUAAAAGAUGACUGGUUUUCAUAUUUCAGAUUCAGAAACAACAUUGAUUGUGGAAUUAUGCGAAAUUUGCGUAGAAUUAUGCAGCAAAAAGAUUCCAAAAAGUAUUGGGAUGAAUUUCAAUCUUUAAUGCGAUUUAAAAAAAGCCAUAUAAUUCCAUUAUUACACAGAACUGUUAAUAAGCAGUACCCACGCGAUGAAAUACCACUUCAUUUGAUAGCAAUUUGCCAGAAAGUAUUGACCUCUUACAGACAUGAAUACGUUGUAAAUCUGUUUACUAAUGAGAAUGGUGGAAUAGAAUUUGUUCACAAUGCAGAGGAAACUAUUUUUUUAAAAUUGGCAGCUAUGGAUCCAUCUUUCGAUAGGCUGCUCCACCAUCGUAGUCAAGUCUUCAAUAAAAUUCAUCUUUUAAUUAAAAGGGACUUUAAUAAUAGUUCAGAUGAGUUUAUGACACUACCAACUACUCUGCGUGUGGAUAAGCUGAUUUGCUACCUGAUUGAGCUUUUGAAUCCAUUUAGCAAUAGCCGGCAUUUGUUUUUGGAGGAUUUUAUUUUAUUAAGGAUUUACGCAGGGGAAGCUCAUGGCCACCCACUGCUUAUAUUAGCAAUUAUACAAGCACUGGCUUCCAAGUAUAAAGUCGAGACAUUAUUGUGCAGUUCAUAUCUCAUUAUCAGGGACCAUCGACUGAAAGAUGGCGAAACUUACCUCACGAUUUCGUCUACUGGCAAACCAAAAAUAUUUACAAGGGGAAGACUAAUUCAUUCACUGAAGCAUCUCGUUGGAUCAAGUGACUAUAUUAUUCAAAAUGAAAUAAUACCGACAAUUUUACAACCUUUAAAGAUGAAGGAUUGUAUCUCCACCAUCUUCAAAGAGCUUCUGCCGGUUUACAACAAAUCGAAGUGGUACACAAUGAAUCCAAAAACGAUAGAAUCUGCAAAACUUAUUUUCCCCCAUAGUGGCCAACCAAUGUCAUGCGACGCAGUCAAUUACUUCCUGUGUGUUCACAAAGCUACGGAUAUUGGCCAUAGAAACGAAAUGCGCGUCUCAACGCUAUAUACAAUAACACGUAGAGAAGUUUUUCGCAUGCUUUCAAAAUUAUACCCAGGUGAUUUAAAUGAAAUAAAGUCAUUGUUACGACGAGAUAGUGAUUCCUUUGUAGAACCGUUUUUGCGGUACGAAGAAUGGCUCCAUCAACUGCAUAAUAUUUCUUUGGAAACUGAAGAUGGAAUGGGGUUGUUUGUAGUCUCUUCUAGGGAUUUACAAUUAAUGUGUAUCGUGGGUACAAGGCAGUUUUCAAAUCAGCAUACCUACUACACAUUAAUGAACGCUCUGGGAGAGUUUUACAUUGAACUCGACGAAAAUGUGGAACCCUGCGAUUGGGAAUGUAACGAAGAUCUUAUUUCUGACUUCCUAAGCAUGGCAUCACGAUCCGAUUUGGGAUUGGUUUUUUCUGGCAUUGAUAAGUCAUCGCAUAGACUCGAGAUGAAUAGCAUAGUCCAACAUAUAAUUGACGAAAAGGAACAGCAAGCCAGUUUAGGCUUUUGA